GGUCAAGCGCUUCAUGGACAAGGGCUGGGAGGAGGUCAGCACUCUCGGUCGAGGAGCUCGGGGCCCCGUCGUUUGCAUCCGACGGAAGUCCGGCUCAGGCAUCGAUGAGAAGUAUGCGCUGAAGCGCUCGACGAAUGAGGAGGUUCAGGCCUUGAAAGCACUCGCCAGCAGGAACGUGAUUGCUUUGGAGGAAGCCUUCAUGUGGAGCAACCAGGUUCUCGCGCGCUUGGAGUGCAUGGAGGGCGGCAGCUUCCGCAGCUACCUGCGAGGAAAGUCCCCCGGCAAGGUCUCCGAGGACGUGGUGCGCUAUGUCAUAGCGCAAGUCCUCGAUGGCCUUCAAGACAUCCAUCGAAGAGGUUGGAUGCAUCGAGACGUGAAGGCUGAAAACAUCGGCCUAUCCUGUGAGCUUAGCAGCUGGGACUACCGGAACUGCACCGUGAAGCUUUUGGACUUCGAUGUGGCCGCCGAAAUUCCCCGUAGUGGACGCCUCACAGAGGUCAUCGGCACGGUGGAGAACAUGGCUCCAGAGGUUUUUCAGGGCACCUAUGGCGAGCUGGCGGACAUCUGGAGCGUCGGGGUCAUUACCUACGAGGCUUUGUAUGGCUACCGGCCUUUCAAUGAUGCCAACAUCGACCGCGUCGAGGAGAUGGUUCGAAAUUGGCAAAGGUAUCUUUUGUUCCCCUUUGAUGCAGCAGAGCUGCCAACGAACUUCAUCCGCCUUAUGCUUGCCGAUCCUCAGGAUCGUUCUAGUGCGAGCUCUGUUCGAAGCCACCGAUGGCUUCGAUCUGCAG